GGGAAGCUGUUCCAGGGCAGCGGGGUCGGGGAUCCCUUCGGGCCGCGCUGCUACAAAGGGGACGUGAUGGGCUGUGGGAUCAUGUUCCCAAGGGAUUAUGGACGGGAAGGAGAAGGGGACAGCGAUGAGGCCCCCGAGCCUCCCCAGCUGAAGGUGAAGGUGAGGAACGGGCCCUACCUGGAGGAGGAGGAGGAGGAGGACGAGGAGGAAGAGGAGGAGGAAGAGGAGGAAGAAGAGGAGGAAGAGGAGGAUGGGGAGGACAUGGAGCAGGAGCACGAGGGGAGGAAGGUCGUGGUAAGGCUGGAGACCCCCUCCAAAAAAAAAUAGACCCCAAAAAAAACCCCCAAAAAAUCCCAAA